GAAAGAAAACACAGGAGACGAGAUUCCCUCAUCAUAUCUCUUUGUCAUUGGUUCGGUGUUUCCAGGAGAAGACCACCGGACCCUAAUAACGUAUUCAAACGCCAUUUAACGCCGGGCAGCGGAGGCAAGUGGACUUUUCGAAUAGGUUUGCGUCUUUAACAUGUAGGCUAAUCCGACGUUGUGACACAUUGCAUUUGGCGUAUCGGGGGGGGGCAUCCAUAUUUCCCAGCAUCUAAUUUUUUUUCUCCACCAGAGGAGUGAUAUAGCCUGCUCUGACGUCUGCAUCAGAUAUUACCCAGUGCUUUUUCAAUGUGCAUUUUCCCCUCAGUGACUUUGCGCUGAUCUACAUCAUCAUCAGCAGCGGCAACAACAACAGAGGGGGGAAGACAAAAAAAAAAGAAAAGAAGCGGGGGAAUGAAGAUUUAAUUUUUUUCUUUUCUUUUCUUUCUUCUUUUUGUAAUACAAACCCACCGCUCCCCUCUAGACGACGAGCGUUUCCAAGCUCAAACAAAUAUCUUUUAACAACAUCACGUUGUGGAAUAGUCUGGCGCCAGAGCAUCGCUGGAACCAUGCCUCAUCUGCAGAUUUGGACUGGGAAAUUUCAUCCACCAAUUUGAUCGUCAAGAGGCUGCUGCUCAGUCACUCAUGCCCGUGUUUGUUUGGUUUGUGUUUUUUUAAGGGGGAAGAACACUUGUCAUCACUUUUUAAAAGUAUUAGGUAUGCCGUUUUUUGAGCAAGAUGUCUGAUCUUCUGGUGUUGGUCGAGGGGCUCUGUGACCUGCACGGAUUUCCAUAGCCGGGGAAGAAGCAGCGGGGGCCAAUUACCAGAUUUUUUCUUUCUUUUCUUUUUUUUUUAUACCCCCAUCCCUAAAGCAUAUUUUCAUGAAGACAUCGCAUGCAUAGAUGUAGGCUAGUUUAUUCGGCAUUUUUAAAAGGCAAUUAUUUUUUGAUUGCCGAUUUUUACUUUGUGCAUUUUCGGGAGGACCACUGGACCGGUUGGAUUAUAGGAACUAUAUAGAAGGAUUUGUGGAGAUGUUGGGUCGUCAAGAAGAUAAAUUAUGUGGAUUUUUCUCUGCUCUGGCGGCUUUGUCCUUCGUAUGCUUUGUUCAAAGCUCCUCCAUUGGAAGCGCGGGCAUGUCUGUGGCCAAGACCACCGUGGACAAGUUGCUGAAGGGAUAUGACAUCCGUUUAAGGCCUGAUUUUGGAGGUCCUCCAGUCGUCGUAGGAAUGAGCAUCAACAUAGCGAGUAUAGACUCCAUCUCAGAAGUAAACAUGGACUAUACCAUCACAAUGUAUUUCCAGCAGAGCUGGCGAGAUAAACGGUUGGCCUAUGGUGAGCUGAACCUAAACCUAACUCUGGACAACCGUGUAGCAGACCAGCUGUGGCUCCCUGACACCUACUUCCUUAAUGACAAGAAGUCCUUUCUUCAUGGUGUGACAGUAAAAAACCGUAUGAUCCGACUGCACCCUGAUGGCACUGUCUUAUAUGGAUUAAGGAUAACCACUACUGCUGCUUGCAUGAUGGACUUAAGGAGGUACCCUCUUGAUGAACAGAACUGCACCCUGGAAAUUGAAAGCUAUGGAUAUACCACAGAUGACAUUGUAUUCUUCUGGGAAGGAGGAGACAAUGCUGUUACAGGCGUUGACAAGUUAGAGUUACCUCAGUUCUCCAUCGUGGCCACCCAAUUGGUGUCCAAGGAGGUCAUCUUUACUACAGGUGCAUAUCCAAGGCUUUCACUGAGUUUUAGGAUUAAGAGGAACAUUGGAUAUUUCAUCUUGCAGACAUAUAUGCCCUCCAUCUUGAUCACCAUCCUCUCCUGGGUCUCCUUCUGGAUCAAUUACGAUGCCUCUGCAGCUCGGGUGGCCCUGGGUGUGACAACGGUGCUUACCAUGACCACUAUUAACACCCACCUUAGGGAGACUCUCCCAAAGAUUCCAUAUGUGAAAGCCAUCGACGUCUACCUCAUGGGCUGUUUUGUGUUUGUGUUCCUGGCCCUGCUUGAAUAUGCCUUUGUAAAUUACGUGUUCUUUGGUCGGGGCCCCGCGCAACAGAAGAAACUCAGCGAGAGGCUGAACAAAGCCAACAAUGAGCGCACAAGAUACGAAGAGAAGCGCCUGAGGGAACAGGACUCCAUUUCCGUGCCGUUUCAAACCAACACCUUCAGGUCAUUUACACAGCGAAGAAAUCUGUAUCUCGAGGAACAAAGAAAAGUUGGGGUGGAUGCUUAUGGAAACAUCCUCCUCACCACACUGGAGAUGAAUAACGAAGUGAUGCCUUCUGACGUGGGGAGCAGCGUCAGUGACUCUCGGAAUUCGGUCAUGUCCUUUGACAGCUCCGGGGUCCAAUUCAGGAAGCCCAUGGCCCCCCGAGAUGGCUUCAGCCACCACUCGCUGGAUCGGAGCGCCAUGCGGAGCCGGGCCAACUGUCGGCUAAGACGACGCUCCUCCAAGCUCAAGUUGAAAAUCCCCAACCUGUCAGAUGUUAGCACCAUUGACAAGUGGUCCCGGGUCAUUUUCCCUAUCACCUUUGGAUUUUUCAACCUUAUCUACUGGUUGUACUAUGUGAAAUGAUGUGCAUCCCACAAGGAAUCAUGGGCCAUAUUUUGAGAGCACAUUAAAUUGGCUUUGAUACAGUUCCAAAAUAUGUAUACACAUAUACGAGUUGAACAUAUGUAUAUGCAUAUUUCUAUAUAUUAUAUUUAUAUAUACACAUGUGAAAUCCGAAAGACCUUUCUGCUGUACAAAGUAUUAAUAGGAUGACUUGAAUGUUUAAGAAUAAUUGUGAAAGAAGAAUUUGGAGGCUUUGAGUUUCUUUUUCCUGCUGAAACGAACAAAACAAACACGAGAUCCCACCAGGGGGUUUUUGGAACUAAAGACUGCAUGAUAUUUUUGCUAAAAAAAAAAAAAAAGAAAAAAAAGAAAAGGGGGAAAAAAGAGAAGAAAAAAAGAGAAAGCGAAAGCUCUCGAGAGAGAAACGAUGUCUCAGAGUCCCAUUGACUUUUUAUUGAUACUUACUGUAAUCAAAAAUCCUCUUCUGCAGCUCAUGAAAUCAGUGGUGGCUUGUCUGUUCAGGCAUCAGCUGAGUGAGAUCCUUGGCACCCCCCCCGCGCCCGCUCCCCACACGCACCCCUACAGCCGAAUCCCCCACCUCCCCCACCCCCGCCAUCACCCAUGGAUAACAUGCACGGAAAUCUCCGGUUCUACUAUGUACAGCAACCUUGUUUGGAUUAUGUGUUGUUCCUUGGGUUUUUUGAAGUGAUAUCGUUCUCUUUAUCAGACAUCAGCUCUGGCCUAAUGGUCUCCAUUAGAGGGCUGCUCGGAUGGGGGACGACCGCCGCAUUCUCGACGAGAGUCAACACAACCCUUGUAUUCCUUUCUCUUCUCAUGCUGUUUUUAGAAACGCGUCCUCGUUGAGGAUUGGGUGGGGGUGGAGGGUUGGAGGUUGAGGGAGAGGGCUCCUUUUUUUCAUUACGGUUAAAAACAAAAUACUGAUUAUUGUAGAUAUGGUUUUGACUUGAAAAAUACUGUGAUUUCAGAGAGUGUCAGAACAUGUUCUAGAGCUAGGGCAUUACAAGAUAAAAGAGUCAAAGGUAUGCAUUACUCAUUUUGAUUGUUUGGAGAUAAAAAAAGCAUAUUCUGUACAUUUUAUCAUUCAGUAUUCUCAUGAAAGUAUAUUUGUGCUGUUUCUUUCCUCCUAACGACGCUCUUUAGAUGCAGCGUUCAUUGACGUCAUAUCCUGCUUUGUGUUUGCUAAGAGGAAAUGGAGGAUUGCUUUUGUGAUUCGUUUGAAAUUAUUCUGCAGUGAAGAUGUACGAACAUGUAUAUUCAAAAGAGUCAACAUAUCCGCCUACAGUUUGACCAGUUGUCAUUGAGUAUAUAGUAUUCUUUUUUUAUUUUGUUUUGUUCGUUGAGCAUUUUUCUCAGUGUCGGAGGCUCUGAGGUCGAGAUUAUUUGAUCGGGAUAGUAUCGGGCAGCACGUUCAGAAGGUGGUGGGGAAAAAAGUAUUCAACGUUUCAAUCUUAAACUCAGUCAGUGCCAUCCCACACGUACGCCAAACCCCGAGGAUCAGAAACGACAGCCUAUAGGCAGGAAGGAUUCUUGGGGGGGAAAGUGUCCCAGAAAUAGCCAUAAAUUGAAUGAUGUAACAACCAAAAGGCCUACAAUCCAUAUGGAUUAUUGCUGUUUUGCUCAAACACAAACACACACACCUACACACACACAUGCAGACACACACACAUUGCAUUUUCAGUGCUCAGGUUCAUUUGCAAAGAAAAAAAAACCUCUAAGAUUUUGUAUUUCAUCAUUGUAUUUUUAGUUUUUUUAAUAGGCCUGGUUAAUAGUGUAUAUAGGUUGAAAAAUUGUAGCCACUAAAAAGCGUUUAUGAUAUUAAAGCAGAUGGACAGCUGACACUCUAUAAAAGUUUUGAAAGACAGAAAAGAGAGCAAAAAGCAGCAACAUACACAACCAAACCUUGUAGGGGCAAUGGCCCCGGAGAAACAUAUAAAAGUUACAAAGAGAGCAAAUGUGACCUACACACAAACAUCUGGGAUAAGACUGGCAUGGAAGGGCAACAUAUUAAUGAAGUGAAGGUGUCUAAGGUGUGUUAAAAUAAAAGGAGUGCUAAUCAGAAACCAAUUUGUCUCCUUACGUCUUAGUGAAGUUUGUAUUGUGAUGUGGCCCAAGCCUUGAGCUGAGUUUAGUAUUCCUUAUUGUGUACAUUUUAUGCAUUGUUGUCUUAUUCUCUAGAAGCAAAAAAAGAAGAACAAUCACUGUUGAAUAUAAAGCAACCCAUGAAAUCAUACAGAAAGACAACAAGAGUAACACAAAUACAUAGUGUAGUGCGUUUAUAUCGGAUAUCUUGUCUUUGUUCCAGCAGCCAAGUAGUCUGCUGUCUCGGUGAUCCUAAAGUCUAAUCAUGUGGCCAGAACACAGCGAUUACUGAAGAAAAGGAAAUAGUUAUUUAUGAGAAAAUUUGACCAAGCCCGGGAGCAGGUUCUCUUGUUAAGUGAAGAUUACAUAUUCAGUGGCGUACUGUAGCAAGGGUAAAGCAUAGAAAGGGGGUGGGGUCUUUUAAAGUUGCCAAAUGAAAGUGAGUUAAGGCUGUCAACAAAAAACACAGGCAGUGGUUACGACACGUCUAAAAAAGCCCAGUACCAGUUUUAAAAUAGCAUUUCACUGAUUUAGCAUCACACUCCUAUCAGACUGUCAGACUCUGGAUGGACAGUUUAGAGCAAAAAGAAGGAGAAAUGUCUUUUUUUAAAGAAAAUUAUUAUUCUCAUAAAUCUUUUCAUGUUAGAGUCUUGCAUCUACGGAAGAAACUCCACCAAAAUGGCAUCACUUGGAGCACAAAAGCUUUAUGCAGCUUCGUUCACAUAUGCAGUAGUACCGCCAAACACCCGCCCAACUAAUGCUAAAGUGGAGUGCCCCUUUGACAUAAUUAUACGCAUCCCUGUUACACAUAUGCUGCAAUUUUAACAUAUGAGGAUGUUCUGAUGUAAGACAUUCAAUUGACAUCAUUACUGUACACAGUCCUCAGUUUUCCAGUCGUUUUUUUGCAGUCAGAUUUUGAUUGCACUCCCACAGUAUGGACAGUCGACAUUAGGGGUGUCACGAUAACCGUUUAUAAGCAUUAACUGUGAUAUUUAGGAAUGAAAUAUGGAUCUUGUGCUAAUUAUGCACAUGUAAUAAAUGUUUUGCUUUUGUUUUUUUGUAUGCCUUUGCAGAGUUACAGUCACAGUCCCUCAUAACUUCCAUGCAGUUGUAUUAUGAGUUUCAUUAAUUUGCCAAAAAAAGAACCCAAAAUAAACAACGUUAUAUUAGAAUUUGACCAACAGCAUUAGUGCCUUUUUUUAAAAUUUUGAUAAUGUUGUUGAUUUAUUUUAUUUUUUUUUAUCGUGACAGCCCUAAUUGGUAAGUGAUACACAGAGUUCUCUGAGUUAGGGAGAGAGAUAUACAUAUUCCAAUUUAUGUUGCAGGUUACAAUAAAACAAGGGUAAUGAUAAAUGGAAGUUCAUACCAGUAACACACAAUUUACUUCUUUUCUUUUUUUUCAAUUUUAAUGAAUUUUUGUCAUUUCAUUCUGCGCUGCACACUAACAGCUUGUCAAACUGUUUGAAUGGAAUUUGGUGGAUCUUCACUAAGAAUUUGGUCAAACUAUGAGGCCAGAUUAUACCGUUUGUUCUAGUAUAAACAAGCACUUUUUGUUUGUUAAAGUAUCACAACCACAAGUGUUUUUAAGUAAAUUGGUGGAACGCGUUUGACUAGGGUUCAAUGAUUUGCACUUACACUACAUUUUGUGAUGUAAACUGACACAAGUAUCACAUUCUUGUUCAGGUUGGUUUAUUGCCAGAAAUCAAUUCAAGCAUCCAUUUUCAUAUAUCUAUCUAUGUAUAUAUAUAUAUAUAUAUAUGUAUAUAUAUAUAUAUAUAUAUAUAUAUAUAGAUAUAGAUAUUUUUUGUCAAUAGUAAAUGCAUAUCUUUAAUAAACACCAAGCAAAUACGGAGGGAAAACAUUAGCGGCCCUUGCAUGCUCGCAGAAGAAGAAGAAAAAAUACAACAACAACAAAAUUCCACCACUCAUUUCAGGGAGAACAUGUAUUACCUGCUUUCUGAACACGAAAUCAGCACAUUGUUCCCCAAAAAGCUGUGAGGAUCUUCUGUUCUAUGCUUUCACUUUAAAUUUUUUGCUUAUAUGAGAGAGAAAAUAAAUUUCUUUUGACACAUGUUCAUGGAGUGGAGCAGGAGGAGGAGGAGAAAAAAUGUGUUGAACUGAUUUCAAUGUGAAUUUUCUUGCCUCUAGUGUAUAUGUGUAAUUACAUGUGAAUUGUACUGUAAAUAUGAUAUCUUUCACUUAAUAGUUCUUAAUGCAUGAACAAAAACAUGGCAGUUCGUAAUACCAGCUAGCCUCACUGCUAAUGGCAUGGACAGCUUCUCUAGCAUUGGCAUACUUCUGCAAACGAAACCUAAAAAAUGAAACAGAAGAAAUACACGGUGUGCACAAAAUAAUGGAGAAAUCAAUGCAAAGUCCUCUGACAGUGAAGGAGUUUCUGGUGGUCCCGAGUUUGUAUCGGUUCACCCAUUCCCUCCAGAACAAGGCUAAUGCUAAUGCUGUUGAAGAUGCCUGGAAAUUACAGUAUGCGGCCUUGGUGCACUCUCAGCGAAUGGGAAUUUCCCAUUAACUUUAGGAUUUGCAGAAGAUUUCAGUACAGGACACCUGCUGCAUUUACCUCAGCCAUGGAUAAACCACUCAGUCAUCCGCGAAUCCUCUCAGAAAAUUAAGGGCAUGAUCGGCUUGCUGGCUCGUAGAGGCUAGAGGAGCAGGUUUGCCUUAAGAAGGCGAGUGGGAUGUUCUUACCUGUUCCUCAACAAGACAGUCGCAUGUGCCCUUGAGCAAGGCACUCAGCCAGUUGCCUAAAUGCAACUGCUCAGUUGCACAAAUCUGUGUAGGAUGGCAGUGAAGUAUUUUUUAGCGGGGGUGAGGGUAUUAAUACAAAAUUGUUCCCUGGGUGCAUGUAAAGAUCCACGAAUCUCAUAGUAUUAUUAAACAGUUUUGAUUAGUUAAUGUGGGCUUGUGCUCUUUUCGAUGUUCUAUAAAGUGCCACGUUAAAUGCCAUUACACAUCUUACCAAAGUUUCAUCUCCAGUCUUCACAUUAGCUCGCUUUCAUGUGGCACUGAAAGAGUGAACCACAACCAUGCGAGCAUGUUGAACCAACCAAAACACCAGAACAAGGCUGACUGGCUCCUCACUGUUGGAAGAACUUUUGUUGGUGCAUUCAUUAUUUUGUAUGUACCUUGUAACUGGUUUUGUUUUGCAUGACCUGAGUUUUAAAAGGUUAAUUUUCCUACAUUUUUACUCCGCACCAUCUGAUUCAUCUCCACAGCCAGGAAGAGAAAGAUCCAGUGUUUACAUGCUCAAAAUUGCACUUGUUUUACAGCCAGUUCUGCAAAUCUUGUGAAACAAACUGUUCAUAAAACUGGAGGACAUAUCGCGCGAUUGUGGCAAAACGCGAAUAUGUACCUCUGCAAAAGUAACUGUAAAUCACACAAUUUGGAACAGAUGCACCAAGCGGAUGCUGUAGUUUUAUCAGGUUCAGCAUAAGCAUUAACAUCAAACACCCUUCAGCUACAAAGGAUGUAAAGGAUGCUUGCUAUUAGCAUCUGAACGUAAGCCAUGUGAUUGCACAGUGAGUUGGUGUUCCCUGUAUUUUCCUCUCUAAAAAGUUGCCUCUGGUUAAGGUUUGUUGUCGGCUACUGUACGAGGUUUCCCGCAAAGAAGCUGUGCUAAUUCCCACUUACGCAUCAGUUUACUGUACCUCCUUCUUUAAAGGAGGAAGACUAGAUCAUGUUUAACCAGUAGGUAAGAAAAUUAUCCAACACUUUUUAAAUUUUGGCAAUGGAAGAAAACAAAAAAAGAACCCCACAAGAUAAACAGCCCAUUAUUUUGCUUUUUCCUUUUGUUUCAGUAUAAAUUAGUAAAUGAUUUUUCUUCAUUUCUGUGUUCAUUUCGAAUUUAUUGUAUUCGUUACAUUUGUUAUGGAUUGUUAUUCUUACUGUUGUUGUUGUUUUAUCAUAAGAAGGAAAUGUAAUUCAUCUGAUAUACUGGCACUGGAAGAAAAAUGCAUUUGUUUUUUUGUACUGUAAUUGUUUUGUUCACAUUGGGCGCUUAUUUGAUUCAGUUGUUUAAUAAGGUGUUUGAUUUCAUUUGGAGUACCAGUACUCAUGAAAUCAACAUUUGUGUAGUAUGAAGUUGUAUUUUUUUUGUCAGUGCAAAAUUAAUGUUAUAGUGUCGAUCAGCUUUUUUAGGUGUUUGAACAAAAUGUGUUUUUUACAAAUACAAGGUGUUCAAGUAUGUGGUAUAAAAAGGGUUAUCAUUCAAACAACCGACUUUUUACAAAUAAAGGCUUAUACAGUAAAGAAAGCUAAUGUCUUUUCAUUUGCCCUUUGUGGACUAAUAUAUGACACCGUUUCGUUUGACUUUUGAUUAAUUUCUUUUUCAGAUAUUAGUCCCCAAAAGGUAAAUAGCAUAAAUACAAUGUUGCAAAACAAGAGGACAAAAUCAGGUAUUUGCCAUUGCUACUCCAGGUUGUUGUCAGAGCUCUCACCGCUUAGCUGGUGUCUUGCUUUUGAUAAGGACUGCUGGAUAUGAAGACAGUCUGAAAACAAAAAAUUAAGAAAAAUCAAGAGUGUCUUCUUUUAAUUUGAUUACAAAACAUUGCGCGUUUAUGAGAAUAUACCUCCUUUCAUACCCUAUUUCCUGAAUAAAGACGCAAAGUGA